AUGACACACUCUAAUGAUGAUGAUGAUGAUGAUGAUAGUCACCAGCUCAGCGUUCUACUCUUCCCGCCUUUGCCAAGCCGAUUUCGCUUCUUGAUUCACGAAACCACCUUGAAUCACCCUGACCUCAGCACCUUCUCUGUGGGCGAGGGCUGUGCUCGCAGAGUUGUCGUGUGCUAUUCUGACUUCCGGUUGUCAGAACAGGAUCAACAAGAUGCAAAAGGCAGUUCCUAUAACCGAGCAUGCAAUCAGGACAGGGUAAUAGGCGACAAAGGCAACAUAUCCAACAACAGACGGAGAGACAAAAAGCCGGACAAGGCUAUUUAUGUUCCACGAGUUAUUAGACACAAGGUAGAUCCGGAACAACCAAAUCGCAAGGAAUCAUCAGAGGAAUCCUGCUCAAACAAUGAUAUUGUCGCCAAUCCAAGGCCAAAAGAGGACCCCACUCACCAACCACUCGCAGAUCAUGAAUUUGUGCAACUUUCAAAGUCUGGACCUUCUCCGUGGCCUCCAGAAUGGGACGAGACUGUGUCCUUGUUAAUGUCUUUGAAAUUAGACAACCAAGAGGAUGAAAAUGGUGCUAACAACACAGUCCUUCCCACUGAUGUGAAACUCCAGGAGGAGGGCAUUGAUGAAAGUUUGAUCUCUGAGAUCAAAGCCAAAGUCAAAGAAAAGGACAUCACUAUAGUGAACACCUGCAGUGAUUUCCCUGCAUAUGCAAACAUCUGGCUAGACCCUGAGGAAUUUGGCCAUGUAAUUGAGAUUUAUGACUUUCCCGUCAUAUUUAAAACUGAAGACAUUCUUGAUGCAUUUGCAGACUACAGUGAAGGGGGGAUGAAGGUCAAGUGGGUUGAUAACAAUCAUGCUCUUGGUAUUUUUUCUAAUCAGUUGGCAGCUACAGAGGCGCUUUCUAUUGAACAUCCGCUACUGAAGACCCGUCCGCUGCUAGAGGGGAGCGAGAAAGCAAAGUGGAAAGCAGCCAGACGAGCAGAGUUCAUGCAGCCGGUGAAGGAAAGGCCGCGUACAGACGCAGUAGUGGCUCGCAGGAUGGUGAGCAGAGCACUGGGGCUGAGAGGACUGGGGGCAAACACUGACAAAUGA